AUGCAGCACCAUGCGCCAUUCGGAUAUCCCACGCCUCCAGCAUCCCCCGCCUACGAUAAUCUCAAGUGCGGCAACAACCAGCAGAUCUUUUCGCAGACGGCUUUCCAGUCAAGAUGCGUCCCGCUUGCUCCAGAGCAGAGAUUAGGUAGAUUUCUCGAGGGGAAGCUGCAACUGACCGAGGUUCUUGGAACUGGAGCCUAUGGCGUGGUGUACUCUGCCAUUGAUAUCAAGACUGGUGUCCGUUACGCUGUCAAGUGUCUGAGCAAGUACAAUGCCGAUGGAACCCCUUUGGAACGCCGACAGGUUGCCUAUCAACAACGGGAAAUCCGACUGCAUUACCUAGCUUCGGCACAUCCAAAUAUUGUGUCGAUGCUCAAGAUUGUGGACGACCCUGACUGCAUCUAUGUCAUUCUGGAGUACUGCCCCGAGGGUGACUUGUUCCUCAACAUCACCGAGCUCGGCCAGUAUGUAGGCAAGGACCUGCUAUCCAAGAAGAUCUUCCUCCAAAUACUGGAUGCCGUGGAGCACUGUCACAAGUUGGGUAUCUUCCACAGAGAUCUGAAGCCCGAGAACAUUCUGGUAACGGACAAUGGAAACACGGUCAAACUGGCCGAUUUUGGCCUUGCCACCGCGGAUGAUCGCUCCGAGGACUACGGAUGCGGUUCAACCUUUUACAUGAGCCCUGAAUGCCUCAAUCCAUCAAGCCGAAAGCCUUACUACAUGUGCGCCCCCAAUGACGUCUGGUCAUUAGGAGUCAUCUUGGUAAACUUGACUUGUGGACGCAACCCAUGGAAACAGGCUUCCUGCCAGGAUUCUACAUAUCGAGCCUACACUCGAUCUCAGGACUUCCUCAAGACUAUACUUCCCCUGACUGAUGAUCUGAAUGACAUUCUGGGUAGAAUUUUCCAUCCUAACCCGGAGCUGAGAAUCACCUUGUCUGAGUUGCGAUGCCGCGUCAUGGCUUGCUCCCAGUUCACCGUGCCGGCUGCCCAAACCAUGUCUGUUCAGCAGCAGUCAGUCUCACCACACAUUCCAGAAUACGUUACCGAUGAGGACGCCAUAGUCGAUGACUAUGAAUACGACUCUCCUCUGUCGCCCGCCAGCACCACAUCCGAUGAGGGAUCGCUCACUUCUAGCGGAUCUACCAUUGAUGACCUGGACGACGACGACUUUGCGCAAGAGCAGCACGACAUUCCCGUUGCCUUUGCACCAGCAACCUAUGAUGCAGAGGACGCGGGAGACCUAGGGAUGUACCAGGACCAAUGCAUUCCACCAACGUUUCACGACGCGGCAGUGCCUAUUCCGAUGCAGGUCCCCCCUCAACCUGUGGUCUGUCAGCAGGCACCAGUUCCCAUCCAGGUCCCGGUGCCUGUGCAAGCCCCUUGCCAGCCAAAAUCAUUCUUCCCGCUAUGGGAGGUAGUCAGAUACGUUCAACAGGUUCCCAUGAUGCAACACCCGGUUGCGUUCCAGCAGGUCCCUUUCAUCCCGUCGUUCCAGGGUUGCUAUUGA